AUGGAACCAUAAAUCAAAGAAUUUGUAAGUUCGUUACUAAAAACUUAAAUUACUGACAAUCUCACUCUCUCAGAUAAAUAAAAACAAUUAAACCAUUAAACUGGACUAAUGUAUAUAAGAUGUUUCAAUUUUAUAUAGAUGCUUUCUUCAAGGUUAUUGUUUAGAGAUUGGAUUUCAAGUUCAACCUAAUAUCAAUUAAGCUAUCCCUCACUAUUUACAUGGACUCAAGUUCUUUGCAGAUCCAUUAUGUGCUUAUUAAUUAGAGCAAUAUUAUACUAAAAAUAAGAAUAAAAUAUUAGCUUCCUUGUAAAUAUUCUAAAUAUAACAUUUUAGUUGCAAAUCUAUCUAUUACUUACUUAUUGAUCUAAUAUAUGAAAUUAAACAUUCUCUUAAAAAAGUUGAAUUCGAUAAAUACAACGAAGCAUUAUAAGAAUUAGCACCAACUCCGGAAAUUCCUUUAAAUUAAUUAAGCCAUUUUCUUAUGGCUCUUUUUCUUUAUAGAGAAAAUGAAUCACAAUAACAUUUUGAUUAGCUUUUAAUGAACUAUGAAUAAAUGGGUGCAAAAAUUCAUGCUUAUCCUAUCCUAAUUAAAUAAUUUACUUAAUAAACUAAGAAUCCUGAUAAAUGUCCUGAUAUUGUUUUUAAAUAAUGUCAAUUAGUCAAUCCAGAACCAUUUUUAAAUCAGGUAUUUAUAUAAAAUUGAUAUCAAGAUAGUGUUUAUAUAAUAUAUCCCUUUAUGGGAUGAUUGAUAAUUCUCAUUUAAACUCUAUUCGUUAGAUUGUUUUUGAGUUAAGUUUUCUUCAUAGACCAGAACCUUAUCCUUUAGUCAUUGAACAACUCUAUACAAGAGGAAUUCAACCUGUAAUACAUAAAAUCUUAAUUUUAUAAAAAAGAGCCAAAGUAUUAAAGGAACAUGAAUUAAAAGAAGAAGAAAUCAAAUUUAUAGAAUAAUAAAAUUCAGUGAUUAGUCUUUAUUUAUUAGGCAAACGAUAAAAAGAUAAGUCAACUAAUUGUUUAUUAUGUAAAGCUAAAGAAAUAUUAAAAAAUCCAUGGCCAGAAAAUCCUUUUAUUUUAUUUGUUUAUAUGUUCUAUAAGGCUAAAUUAGAAUUACAUCAUUAAAAUCAUGACGGCUAUACUAAAUUGCUUGAUUAAAAUUUAUUUGAUGAAUGUUAACAAUUUUAUGAUCGAAAUUCCAUCAGUUUUAAAUAGGUUAGAACAUUUUAAUUUUAUUUAAUACGUCGUAGAUUAGAUAAACAAAGAGAUAAAAUUACAUUUAAAAACAAACAGAUUUAAACUAUUUUUGAUUAAAAAAAAAUAUAAUAAUUAGAUCUCUCUAGAAGCAACUUUUAAGCAAUUCAUUAAAGUCAAAUAGAACUUAGAAGAUCAUUUGUGAAUCAAUCACCAGAAAAAAGAAUCAUAGAUGCUAUUAAAUAAACAUAAAGUAUCUAUGUGAAUAGUGGUAUUAAAAGGUUAAAUUUUGAUAGAACUAUUCAAGGACCUUAAAUUCUACCACAAGAAGAAGAAUAAUAAUAAUUGCAGAAAUCACGAUUUGUUGAUUUAGAGAAUAAAAUUAGAUAUACAAAAUUAAAUCUGAUUUAAUCAGAAGAUAUCUCUGAGAUUAAAUUUAUUAGUAAAAGCAACCGAGAUGGUUAAUUAAGCAUAGGGAAAUAUUAAGGAUAAUUAAUUUAAAUUAAAACGUUAGCUUAUAUGAACUAUGAUCAGAUAAAUUAAUAUUUUAAAUUAAUAAAAAAGUUUAUAAAUUUGGAACAUUAAAACAUCAGGACGAUAAUUGGGUAUAAUAUAGAAGAUUUUUAAGAAUAAGAUUUAAGUGGAUAAGUCAGGAUCUUAACAUAUAAAUAUGAUUAUAAUUUAAGAACCUUUCUUCAAAGAAAUAAGAUAUCAACAAAAGAGAAAUGGUAUUUGGCAGUAUAAAUAAUUGAUGCUGUUUAUUAUCUACAUUAGCAUGAAAUAAUCUUUUGUAAUUUACAUCCUAACAAUAUACUUAUUGAUGGAGAUACUCAUGUUCCUGUUCUUAUUGAUUUUGAUUUAGUGUUUGAUAAAGAAUACUUAGAUAUAAAUUAUAUGGCUAAAUAAGUAAUAGAAGAAGAAAUGCCUUUAUUUACUGAAAAGACAGACAUUUAUUCAAUAGGAUGCAUUUUACUUUAUUUAUUUUUUGGUUGUGAAUUUCGAUUUUAACAAUCACAGUAAAAUAUGAUAUAAUUAUUAGUCAUUCUACAACUUUAAGUUUGGAAGCCUUUUAAAACAUAAAUCCACAUUAGUCUACAAAUGUAGAAUUUCUAUUACCUCCUGAUUCAGAGGCUUUAUAAGAGAGAGCUAGAGUCAUUAUAUUGAAAUGUUUAAAUGGAGAAAUUGAAUUAUUAGACCUGCUUCAACAUUUUUAUGACUAUGUAUGA